GUGUUUUGGAGUAAUCAACAAAGACGAAUGUAAAAACACGCCGACCAGGAAGUAAGGUCAUUUUUCCGGACUUUGGACUUUUUUAAAUGGACCGCGCUAUAUGGAGUUAUAAAAACUAAGUAUCUGGCUAGCUACCAAAACGCCUCCAACCGUCAGUCGUCUCUCGAGUUUGUCCUCGCGACCAAUCAGUUUUGCACCCGGGCCGUGACGUCACAACGUUCGUCUGCGGUUGUGCGCGUGCGCGUCCGUUGGGGAGCGUUGAAUACUGACGGCCGCGAUAAGGCGGCCCUGCCCGCCCAGCCUGCAAAUAUCUCAGGAAACCAUUAUCACUUACACAACAAUACAACGCUGGGCACUGUGCGGAGGAGCUGACAACGGACUCCGGGUUGGCGUCGUUCACUGCUGUCACAAAGCGAAGACAAUACUCAUUCUCAACAUGUGGCUGCCCAUGCUGGGAAUGACGGCCCUUCCACACUUGGGGGGGCUCUACGGCGGUUACAUCACACGCAAAGAGGUGAAGACCUGGUACCCGACCCUGCAGAAACCAUCAUGGCGUCCACCAAAUGCAGCAUUCCCUGUAGUUUGGACCUGUCUGUACACAGGAAUGGGGUAUGGUUCCUACCUUGUGUGGAAAGAGCUGGGAGGUUUUACUGAGGACGCACUGGUUCCACUGGGACUUUAUGCGAUGCAGCUAGCUCUGAACUGGGCCUGGACUCCCAUUUUCUUUCGCGCGCACAAGCUGAAAUUGGCGCUCAUGGAAAUUGUGCUCCUUACUGGGACUGUUGGAGCCACCAUGGUGUCUUGGUAUCCCAUCAGCCGCACUGCCACGCUGCUGAUGGCACCCUACCUGACCUGGCUGUGCCUCGCUACUUCUCUCAACUACUGCAUAUGGAGAGACAACCGUGAGGAGAAAGAAGAGUAGGAACCAGAUAGUGUUUCCAUUGUAUGUCUAGCAGUUUGUUUAUAGUCAUCUGCAGCAUAUUAAAGGAUGGGGAAACCUUG